GCCUGCCUCUCCGCCAACCCUCUCUGCUCGCCGGUUUCUGCGCAGGCCUACGUCGCCAACCCUCAUAGUCCCUUUCAACCCUAUUCACGGCCGUCCCGAACCACCUUCCUUUCAUCAUGGCGCAUCCCCUUCUGGACGUCGCCGCGGAGCUUGGCGACGAAUCCGACGAUCGCGACUUUGAUGAUGAAAACGAGGGCGACGAGCAGGGCGAGCGUCGACAGCGCGGCGUGGAGGAUUCGAGUGAGGAAGAAGACGAGGACGAUGACGAGGAAGCUGCUGCAGCUAUCCGCGAAGGUUUCAUCGUCGACGAGGAUGAAGACGAAGACGAGCGGCGAGCUAGGCGGCGCGAGCGCAAGAAGCGCAGAAGACAGGAGCGCGAAGAGGAAGAUGCUGUGCUUGACGAGGAAGAUCUCGAUCUCAUCGGCGAGACCAUUCCCAGGGAACAGCCUUCUCAGUCGAAAUUCAAACGUCUGAAGCGCGGUCACAAAGAAGAGCGCGCCCCUCGGGAGCGCCGCGGAGUCGACGACAUCUUUUCUGACGAAGACGACGAUCUUGGCGACGGUUAUGAUGAAAGGCGUCGUCGCGAGCCCCGGGGCGGAGUCACCGAUGAAUUCGCCGACUUCAUUGAAGAAGAUGUCUUUGAUGACGAGGAGGGGUUACAAGAUGAAGAAGAUCGCGAGGUCGCCCGACCAGGCCGGAAAGCCGUUGGAGGCGUUGCAUUCCCGGAAGCCGGUUUGGACGAGGCGGAAAUGGAAGAUUACCGCAAUGCUUUUGGUGACGGCACCGAAUACGACUGGGCGUUGGAGCUGCAAGACGAAAAAGACGAGGAGGAGCAAGGAUUGGACAGGCCUUUGGAGUUGAAGGAUGUUUUUGAGCCAUCUCAACUCAUCGACCGGAUGUUGACGGAUGAGGAUAAUGAAAUCCGUGCCACCGAUGUGCCGGAACGCUUCCAGCUUGCCCGCAAACCUUUCAAACCGACCGAAUUGACGGAGGAUGAGGCGACCAACAGGAUGUACGCUGAAUCUGAGUGGAUCGCGAAGCUCUUACUGCCCAAGAAACGGCUUGGUGGUCACUACAAAGAACCCUUCCAAAAGGCCAUCCUCAAGGUGCUGGAGUUUAUGAAUGUUGAGGAUCUCGAGGUUCCUUUUAUCUUCCUGAAUCGGAAGGAUUAUUUGAUUCACUCUGGAUCGGCCGAAGAUGAUCAGGAUGAUAUUGAUGCGCCGUCCGCUCCUCAGCGUCUGCUCAACAACAGCGACCUUUGGGAGAUUUUCGAGAUGGAUCUCAAGUUUAGGGCUUUGUCGGAAAAGCGCGACACUCUCUACAAGACGUACGACAACUUGAAGAGCAUUUCCAACGUCAACGACAAUGUUUUUGAGGAGCUUCUUCCGAAUGCCGAAUCGAUGGAAGAAAUUCAAGACAUUCAGGACUACGUUCACUUCCGAUACUCUGCCGAACUCAAGGACGUCAACACCAUGGAAGCCGAGACUGCUGGCGUGCAGAAGAGGGCUCGCGCUAAUAAUAGCGUCUUUGAGAGGGUUCGUUCGAGCAGAAUCUACAACAUGGUUCGCGCGAUUGGUAUCACGCCCGAUAACUUUGCCAUGAACCUUUUGGGUGCUACCCACAGAGUUUACGUCGAGGAUCCUGAUCAUGCUCCUGAAGAUAUGGCGGAUAAUUUGUUGGACCCGCCCGAGUACAACACUGGUUCUCAAGUCCUUCGCGCCGUCAAGGCCAUGUACGCAGAGGAACUGGUCAUGUCUCCUAGAAUGCGGAACUUGAUGAGGCAAAACUUUUACCAACAGGGUGCUCUCAACUGUUACAGGACCGAAAAGGGAUUGCGUAAGAUUACCGAGGACCACCCGUACUACGAGUUCAAGUAUCUCCGGAACCAGGACUACUCUGCUAUUGCCAGGAGACCGGAACUUUACCUCCGCAUGCUCAAGGCCGAGGACGAGGGUCUUAUCGAAGUCAAGAUUCUGUUGAUGAGGCGGGAUCAACUGAGGGAAAUGUUCUUCAGGUAUCUCCUGUCGGACAACCAGAGUGACAUUGCCGGUGCCUGGAACGACGUCCGUCGCGAAGCCCUCGACAUGGCCCUUCCCAAGUUGGAAAGGAUCAUCGCCAAGGGUGUCAAGGAGACGCUCAAGGCGGAGUGCGAAAAUGUUCUGGCCAAGGCCUGUCGGGAGCGGUAUUCCGAGAAGUUGGAUCAGGCUCCGUACAAGCCGAAAGGUAUGGUUCUCGGUACGGUCCCGCGCGUUCUCGCCCUCUCCAACGGAAACGGUCAACCUGGUCGCGACGCCAUUUGCUGGGCGUACGUUGAGGAAGAUGGUCGCGUUCUGGAAAAUGGCAAGUUUGUGGAUCUCCGCAUGGGCAAUCAAGAAAAGCACAUUCCGGAUGCGAGGGAUGUGGAAGCUUUUGUGGAUAUCAUCCAGAGGCGCAAGCCGGAUGUCAUUGCCGUGGCAGGUUUUGCUGUGGAGACACGCAAGCUGAAGAAAGAUCUUGAGGACAUUGUGGAGCAAAAGAACCUUUGCUGCGCCGAAUACGAAGAUGAGGAUGAGCAGCUCAGGAGCGACAAGCUGGAAGUGGUCAUGGUGAAUGACGAGGUUGCUAGGCUCUACCAUACCAGCGACCGGGCCAACAUGGAGCAUCCUGGAAUGGCGCCGCUGACCAAAUAUUGCAUUGGCUUGGCCAAGUAUCUCCAGAGCCCGCUCAUGGAGUACGCUGCGCUCGGUAAGGACAUCACUUCUAUCUCCUUUGAUCCAAACCAGAUUCUUCUUCCAAAAGACAAGCUUUCGAAAUAUCUCGAGACGGCCAUGGUCGACAUUGUCAACUUGGUCGGUGUCGAGAUCCAAGAGGCGGUCAACGAGUCGUACAUUGCGAACUUGUUACCCUAUGUCAGCGGUCUCGGACCACGCAAGGCGGCGCAUAUGCUCAAGGUUAUUAACCUUAAUGGUGGCAAUGUCAACACCCGUGACGAGCUUGUUGGUGACCCGGACAAGAAGAUCCUCCCUGCCAUGGGUGCCAAGGUGUGGACCAACUGCGCCAGUUUCUUGCACAUUCAUUACGAAGCAACAGAGCCGGAUGCGGAUUAUCUCGACGCCACUCGUGUCCACCCCGAAGACUACGAUCUCGGUCGCAAGAUGGCUGCCGACGCCUUGGAAAUGGACGAGGAAGAUAUUAAGGCUGAAGUUGAUGAAGCCGGGCCUGCAGCCGUCGUGCGUCGUCUGGUCCGUGACGAGGCGCAGGAUAAGGUCAAUGACUUGGUUCUUGAGGAGUACGCGGAGCAGCUGGAGCAACAGUUCCACCAGCGGAAGCGCGCCACGCUCGAAACCAUUCGCGCCGAGUUGCAGCAGCCGUAUGAGGAGUUGCGUCACAACUUUACCUACUUGACGCACGAUGAGGUUUACACCAUGCUCACCGGAGAGACCAAGGAGAGCUUGACGGAAGGCAUGAUUGUACCUGUGAAGAUCCGCCGCGCUUUCCCCGACCACAUCGAGUGCCGCUUGGACUGCGGUAUGGAGGGUGUUAUUGAUGAAGCGCAGUUUGCAGAGGGCGUUGGCGGCGAGCGCGGCAUCGAGCCCCGGCAAGCGUACCAGGUACACCAGACCGUCCAAGCCAAGGUCAUGUACAUCAACCGCAAGGGUCUGCAGGCGACAUUGUCCUUUUCCGAGCGCAUGCUCCGGGACCCGUACCGCCGGCACAUUGACCGCGCGCCUCUCGAGUGGGACAAUGACCAGGAACGGGCCGACAUGGAGACUGAGAAGAAGGAGAAGGAGGUCUCUACCGGCCGCGCUCAGCGUGUCAUCAAGCACCCGCUCUUCAAGCCAUUCAACUCGGCCCAGGCCGAAGAGUGGCUGGGUAGCCAGGGCUUGGGUGACGUUGUCAUCCGGCCCAGCUCCAAGGGUCUCGAUCACCUUGCCGUUACGUGGAAGGUAUCUGACAAUGUGUACCAGCACAUUGAUGUUUUGGAGUUGGACAAGGAGAAUGAAUUCUCGCUCGGCCGGACGCUCAAGAUUGGCGGCAGGCACACGUACUCUGAUCUGGACGAGUUGAUUGCCUCGCACAUCAAGGCCAUGGCGAAGAAGGUGGCCGAGAUGAUGGGCGACGAAAAGUACCAGAACGGCAGCAGGGCGCAGACGGCAGAACAAUGGCUCACGACCUACACCGAGGCCAACCCCAAGCGCAGCAUGUACGCCUUUUGCAUUAACCCCAAGUUCCCAGGCUACUUCCACCUGUGCUUCAAGGCGGGGCAGCAGGCGCCGCUGGCGUCGUGGCCGGUCAAGGUGAUUCCGAAUGCGUUUGAACUGCAGAAGAACGCGUAUCCGGACAUGCGCGCGUUGAAGAACGGGUUCAAGUUGCUGUUUGCGAACAAUGCGGCGAGGAAGCGGUAG